UGCAGGUCGGCUGGGGCGCUUGCUGCUGAAGCUAGGGAGGCUAGGGUCGCGGAAAUGGCGUAUCUUCGACGUCUCUGUUUCUCUAACUAGCUAUUGCUUUGAUUCUCUCUAUCCAUUUUACUUUUCCGUUGCGGCGAAGUUGGGAUCUUCGUUUUCUGUUCGAUCCGGAGUGCGCUCGUUGGGUUCGUCUUCAUGGGUCUGCUGCUGAGGGAGGCGUUGAGGCAACUGUGCCUUGACACUGAGUGGUCCUACGCUGUUUUCUGGAAGGCGUCCGUCUUCCAGAGCCGAAUGCAUUUAAUCUGGGAAGAUGGAUACUAUAACCAGAAGUCUAACAUUUCAAGCAUCAAACUCUCGAUUUUUCCUCCCAAGCAAGAAGCUUUGGCCAUCAAAAGUAAUUGCUCUGAGCUAGGCUCUGAAGCAGAUGAUGCAAUACAAGUCCUGGUCGAGAAGAUUAUGGCAUCCCAGGUUCAUUUUCUUGGAGAUGGGUUCAUUGGACAAGCUGCUUCAUCAGGAAAAUAUGUGUGGAUCAGAAGAGAUAGAUUUGAUUCCAUAUCUAAGGGUCUAACUGAGUUGAACUGCCAGAUUGCAGCUGGUAUGCAGACCAUUUUAGUCGUUCCUGUACUUCCAUAUGGUGUUAUACAACUUGGUUCUACUCAAACGGUUACUGAAAAUAUUGGAUUCAUUUAUCAUAUAAAAAGUUUGUUUACAAACCUAAAUUAUGGUUCAAAUGGUCUUGUAUCUGAUAGUCCCGAGAAAUCUUUGACAGAAGAAUGUCAAAUAUAUACUUCAUCCGGGUCAUCUUUUUGCUCACAAACUACAAAUGCCUGUCUUAAUAUGGAUGACAAGUUAAAUGCCACUUCUGAUUGUUGCAACCCUGAGUUCCUCAAGUCCAUUGCUCCAAGAUCCUUCUCUGAAUAUGUUUCCUUAGUGUCAUCUCAAUUCAAUAGAAUGCAACCUAAUGUUUCUAAAUUAGUUCCAACCAAACAGAAUAUAAAGAUGGCAUAUCCUAUGGGUAAGCUUAUCUUGCAAAGUGCUGAUGACAUAUUACGUAAACCAGACAUACAACCUACCCAGCAGGUACCACCAGAUGAUUCAGACUCCAGAUGUCAAACUGAACGUGCAAUUUUGAACUCGGUUUUAUUGUCUAAUACGAUAAAAAUCUUGGAAGAAGAACUCAUGUUUACCUCAGGUGUUGGACCUUUGGAGCCCACAAACAACUUUUCUAAUAUUGGCAAUGUUGGUUCGACUUCGAAUUCACAUAACAUUACUAGAUGCUCAAGUUCAUCUUCUCAGUUAUCUUUAAAUGGGACACUACCAAAUUUAGGCCAAAGAAGUCAUGCAUUCAGACUCAGAAGUACAUGCACAUCAGAGGUUUCCAUGGACCAUCCUUUCUCAUGCAAUGAAGUUGCAUAUACUCAAUCAAAUGCAAAGGCAAGAGAAAAUGAUGAUUUAGUUCAAUCUUCUUAUAUUUAUUCUAGUGAACCCAGUGUUCAAGUUUCUUGUUCUGAUAUGCUCCCUAGCAUUCUUCAUGGAUAUGCAAUAGGUGACCUGAAACAUGUUAGUGAUCAAAUGUGUAAAAAGGUUGAUUAUGAGGAAAGUGGUGCAAAUAUUGCCAAUAGCAUGCACUGUUCACAAAAUAUGAAAGAAUCAUUGAGGAGUAGAACUUCAUCUUUGUUUGCUUCAAGCAAUGAUAUGUUCCAUAUGUUAGAUGUUGACCAGAAGACAUAUUGGACAAAUGACAGUUUGGCAGAUGUUGUGGUGCGUAAGAAUUUUACAAAUUCUUGUAACUUUACUGAUUUACCCAGUCUCCCAGCAGAAUCAGAUGCUUGUCCCAUCUUUGAUCCUUUGAAUGAACAAAUCUCUUGUGCUGGGCUGUUUUCCAUAAAUAACAGUGAUCAAUUACUUGAUGCAGUAAUUUCAAAGGUCAAUCCAGGUGUCAAUCAGGGAUCAGAUAGUAAUGCUUCUGGUAAGAGUACAUUCAUAGAUCCUUGUACCUCACAUUUUUUUGGAACUCUGAAUCAUAGUGAAGUACAUUUGUCAAAGCACAUGAAAGAUGAGUGUUUUGGUUUUGCACCAGUAGUGGCAAAAGCAGAGCCUUCAUGCAUAAGUUAUGGGAAGUCAUCAUGCAGCAGCGAAAAGGAUGGAGAGAACAAUCAUGAUUCUGAGCUUCAUAAGCCCCAAUUUAGCUCGUGGGUUGAAAGCUGUCAGAGUGCUAAGAAUGAUUCUGAUUCAAAUAGUAAGAGGGUUUCAGAAAUAGGUAAGCUUAACCGAAAGAGGUCUAGAUCUGGAGAGAGCCCUAGACCACGGCCAAAAGAUCGACAGAUGAUACAAGAUCGUAUCAAGGAGCUUCGAGAAAUAGUUCCAAAUGGUGCAAAGUGCAGCAUUGAUGCAUUAUUGGAGAAGACUAUCAAACACAUGCUUUUCUUACAGAGUGUGACAAAGCAUGCUGAAAAACUGAAAGUUGCUGGAGAACCCAAGAUCAGUACUGAUCAGGGUGGUUUGCUCUUGGAAGACAACUUUGAGGGUGGUGCGACAUGGGCAUUUGAGGUGGGCACUCGACCAAUCACAUGUCCUAUUGUGGUGGAGGAUCUGAAUGCUCCUCGUCAAUUGCUGGUAGAGAUGCUCUGCGAGGAGAGAGGUUCAUUUCUGGAGAUUGCGGACUUCAUCAGAGGAUUGGGUUUGACCAUAUUGAAAGGAGUGAUGGAAGCACACAAAAACAAAGUUUGGGCACGUUUCGCUGUGGAAGCGAACAGAGAUGUGACUCGAAUGGAGAUAUUCCUCUCGCUCAUGCAACAGUUAGAGCCCUCAGCUGGAAGCAGCAGCAUGGGACUACCAGCUGCCGGUAACAUCAACGUGCCUCACGCCAUUUUCCAGCAAACCUCUUUGCCGGCAAGAGUAAUUUGAUCGCAUUCUGGGAGCAGUCUCGCAGCCAUUUUUUUUGUCUAAUCAGAAAGGCUAAGGGCAGGGUUGGCUUCUCCUCCCGUGACUAGUAUUCAAGCUCGAAUUGAAGGCCGUAUGUGUUGAUGCUUGUCACGACUACUGAAUGCUGGGAGCAAGCCCCCUAGCAGUCAGUCAUCUGGGAUUUUGCUGAAGUUCUUCGAUUUAAGUUCUUCUUUCCAUCUCUUAGUGAUUGUUCUCAUUGCCAAAGAUGUAGAUACUAGUGCAGGACUGAGUUCAGGUUGUUGUCCGGGACCUUUUGUGUGGUAACUUAUUUAAACAAAAAAAUCCAAGAAAAAUAAGAUGCUUUAUAUUUUUUCCUC